GAACAGCUUACGAUUAGGGUUUAUCAAAUUCAGGAUUUGUGAAACAAAAAGGAUUGAAGAUGUUUCCAGGGAUGUUCAUGCGAAAACCAGACAAACAGGUUGCUCUGAAACAGCUCCGGGUCCAUGUCGCCAUGUUCGGGUCAUGGGUCGUCGCGAUUCGAGUUGCACCCUACCUUCUCCAUUACUUCUCCGAUAACAACGACGAACUCGUCCUUGAUUUCUAACUUUGUUUCUCCAGUUGCUGUUACCAGGUAAACAUCGAUUGAAUUACCCAAUUUGUAUGUUGAUUUACAGUGAUUUCGCGUAUUUUGUAAUAAUCAAUACAUGACGAUUUAUAUCAUUCUAUGCCUUGAAGAUACGUUUUAAACAUCUGAUCUAAGCAUUUUAUUCU